ACUGAUUUUUUUUUUUUUUUAUACAUUUAUUUCCCGAAACAUAACUACUUUAACUGCAAUGUGUUUGCGUUGUGUUCUGAACACAUCGCAUCUGCUAGCGCGAAGUUUUUGUUUACUUUUUCUGGGCAUUGUUGAGCUGAUAAUUGUGCUGGCUAUCAGUCGGGUGGUCUGGAUAUUGGUAGUCCUCUGUACUACUGGGAGCUUGGCCAUAUUUGGUUUGACGAAGUUCCUGCGCAUGGCCUAUAAUCCACCUGAAGUGCAACAAGGCGACAACAUUGCUGGGGCCAAUCUAACGGCCCUCAAUUAUACCGUUGCCACAUAGCUUUGAGCACACUCACAACUCCACGAUUUGUGGAAUAGCGAGUUCUAUCACAUUGGAAAGCUUUUUUCCGUUAGGCUGGGUCACUGAUUAACCAAUAUCGUCUUAUCUGUGUGCGUGUGUGUUUCUAUUGUGCCCCGAUAUGAUUAAAGCUUUUCACGCCUAACUGCUACAACUUGACUUGUCGACAUUGUGCGUUUCAGUUGUUAUUUUGUUUUGGCCCUCGACGGAUCGUUAAAAUCGGUGUAUAUAUAAAUAUAUACUAUAUACAGAGAAUCAUAUAUAUAUUUAUAUAGAUAUAUAGAUAUACUUGUAUAUAUCUUUUUUUGACGGGUCUACGUGAACGGAAAACAAAUAGAAAAUGUGCAACGCUCUGUGUGAAUGCCUCAAGUGCCCCGGCAAAGUGGUUUGCUGUUGCUGUUCAUGCGCUUUUAAAAUGCUAAUGAGCAUCAUUUGCUCGUUCAUUGUGCUCCUGGUGAUAAUUGGAUUGAUCGUCUACUUCACUGUCUACUACAACAAGGACAGCAACGAUGAUAAACAGAAGCAGCUCCAGAAAAUGAUGCCCAUUGUGAAGAGAAGCAUACGCGAUUACUUUAGUAGGGAAUACUAAAAUUAAUAAUAUAGAAAAAAAAAAAACGGCCAAAGAAUUUAUAAUAUAAGUUAAAUUAGUUGACGAAUAAAAAACGACAAAAAGA